AUGGCAAAUGCUCCACAAAAUUGGGAUCAAGUAUUUACUGACCAGACCAAGAUUGGCCGGGAUCACCAAAGAACUAUACCAAUGGGACAGGCAUUACUGGACGAUCAUCUCAAGUAUGUGAAAGAUGAAGGACAUAGCGACCAAUGGCAGAACAUAGAGUUUGUACGUCAGAUGGGAUCCGGCAGUUUUGGUAGCGUAUGGGAAGUGCGUACACGACAGAAGCUCAAAAAGGAUGGUCUGAGAAAAAUCAUGUUUUGGCAGAAAUGGGAAAACUUGCGACUGGCCUGCAAAGUGAUGACCUACAAAAACAGCCAAUUCGGUAACGUCCGUAAUAGUGUUAAUACAAUGUUAGCCGAUUUGCAACGGCUACAGUUUAUCGAGCAUAAAAACAUUGUCAAAUAUGUCGACUUUAUAGGUAUACCCGAUCCGCAAACUGGAUUUCCUUAUUCGCGGAUAUUGAUGCUCAUGGAGUUAUGUAACGGCGAUAUCGAUAGUUUUAUACGAGGCUCGCAUACCAUGAAUGAAAAACAGACAAUAGGUUGGCUCAAACAGAUUGUUUCAGCGAUCUGUUAUCUACAUUACGAACAAUAUAUGGUCCAUAUGGACAUCAAACCGCAAAAUAUUUUGUACAAAAAAGUCGGUUUCAGUUGCUGUCAACGGCUCUAUAAAUUGGGCGACUUUGGAUUUGCCAUUGUCUACAACAAGAACCAACCGAUGCAGGAAACAAUGUUUCCCGGCGGAACAAUGGACUACUUGGCACCCGAAUGGGUACAGGCGCACGGCAAUCCGUUCGGCAACGCUGGUCAAUGGGGAACACCUGUAGAGACACCGCCGACCGAUAUCUAUUCGCUUGGUGCCAGUGUAGUCAACUGUCUAGUUGGCAACAAUAUCUACCAGGGUACCAAUGUUUAUAUGCUACUCCAGAAUAUCCAGAAUAUUAGUACGCCGUUCAAAGAUCUGAUACUUCAAAUGAUAAAUCAGGAUCCGCUACAUCGUCCCGACGCCCAAACACUAUCCGAUCAACUCAACUAUCUAUGA